AUGGACAACGAGUCCCAAUAUUCUGGGUACUCUUACAAGUCGGGGCAGUCCCGAAGUUCCCGCAAACACAGAGAACGGAGGGAUCGUCAUCGAUCCAAAAGCCGGGAUGGCAGCAGUCGCGGUGAUAAGUCAGUCACCAUCCAAGCUCCAGGAGAGCCUUUGUUAGACAACGAGUCAACGAGAGGAGAAGACCGGGAUGACAACUGGGGCGAAACCACCACCGUGGUCACCGGGACCUCCGAACACAGCAUAUCCCAUGAUGACAUUACCCGUAUCACUAAGGACAUGGAGGACAGUGCCAACCUGGACUGCUCCCGCCACUUGGGC